AUGAUUGUACAUGAUAGCUCAAGCUCAGUAGGCGAUUUGAGUGCUCCAUACAAAGUAGGAACUGAGGGUCAUACAGGACGGGAUCGAAAUUUUGGAACAACAAUCCAAGAUUUUAUUCAUUUGAGGCGAACGGAACCAGAUUAUGGCCCUGCCCUGGAUUUGGAUGUCAUCAAGCAUUUGGAUGAUGGUGAAAAUCAUGUGAACAUCGAAAGGGAUAUGGCGGACAUACGGUCAAGCAUUUUAGACAUUGACGACUGUGAGAGAAUGAUUGCCUUUGCAAUGGGUUCUCAUUCACGGCUUGGCUCUGAUUCUAUGGUCAAAAUCCUGAACAAUAAUAUCGUUCAAUCUAUUCUACUUUGUGAAUUGACUGUUGGGCCAACUAUGCACUUCACAAACCUGACUGAGGCUCUUUCUAGUGGUCAAGCUGGGUGUGCAACAAUGGUCCGCGUGAACUUGAUGCCUGGUGUUCAUGAGAUGGAUACAGAAGCUGAAGUUGUACAGAACAAUAGAAUUGUGAUUCGAGCAACACCAGGUUCCAGGGAUGGCUCGGUGGUGCUUUCAAGUCGGACUGGUCGGCCUCUCAUCCGGGUUGCUAGCAAGGAUGCUUACGUGUGCGUAAGCGGUGUUACCUUUGAAUUCAAAAAUUCUCCUGUCACUCCUACUAACCUCAAGCAGAGAUGUAUUUGGGUCACGGAGGGCAAGCUUCUUCUUCAGCAAUGUCGUAUAUCGUCGGAUGCAGGAAUUGGUAUUUGUGUCCUCCGAACCGGGAUUGUUCGAUGCGAAGGUUGUGAAAUGACUGACUGCGGAUUCGUUGGUGUUGCAGCAGCACAAGGAGGUAGAGCAGAAGUCUUGAAGGGAUGCAGAGUAAUGCGAAAUAGGCAUUUCGGAGUUCUUGCCACAGAUGCAAGAUCUUCUGUCGUCAUCUGUGACAGUGAACUUAGCGACAAUGGGACAUACGGAGCGGGUGUAGGUGCUGGAGCGGUUGUGAAAGCAUUCAAUUGCAGUGUGCUCCGAAAUCAAGUUGGCAUUGUGUCAAAAGGGACAGCCUCCCAUGUGCAACUUCAUGGUUGUGACAUCAGUCAAAAUGCGCGCAUUGGUCUUGGGGCACGGGAAGGUGCGACGGCUGAGGCCAAGAGUUGCACGAUGACACGGAACCAGUAUGGAAUGUGUGUCUCAAAUGCUGGCUCGAGAGUUGUACUAGAUCAGUGCAACAUGAGCGAGAAUACGACUCAUGGCAUUGGUGCUAGUGAAGGGGGUGAGCUAAUUGCAUUUCGCUGUGAAAUGAGGGGUAAUCAAGUAGGUGUUGUUUCAAAAGGCGAAACUUCUCGGGUGACUUUGAAGUACUGUAAGGCAAACGACAAUGGAAGAAUUGGUCUUGGUAUCAGAGAAGGUGGAGUUGCGAUUUGUACGGGCUGUGAAAUGAAACGCAACCAGUACGGUGUUUGCUCGUUGAACACUGGAGCGAAAGUCACGCUAAAUUUUUGCGAUGCUAGUAACAAUGAGCGAUAUGGAGUGUCUUCAAGUGAUGGCGGUGCUGUUGAAGCGAUAGACUGCAAAUUAAACAAUAAUCAGCAACUUGGAAUCGGUGCGUGGCACAGCACCUCAACAGUCAGUUUGCUAAGAUGUACCGCCAUAAGCAACGGCAGGACUGGGAUCGCUGCUCGCGUCGGAAGCAGAAUUGAAGCUCGUUAUUGUACUCUGAAGAAAAAUCACCAAUUUGGGGUUUAUGUCUGUGGUGAGGGAUCAUCUGUACAAUUGAUGCAUUGUUCAUCGAGUGAUAAUGGGUUAUACGGUGUUGGUGCGAGUGAAGGCGGCACUGCAGAGGUGAGUCACAGCUGUAUGAAAAGGAAUCUGCAGGCUGGUGUUGUGGCCAAAGACAAUGGUUCGUCUGUCAACUUGCUGCAAUGCGAAGCAUCAGAGAAUGGAAGAAUUGGCGUUGCAGCAAUUGUUGGAGGCAACGUGGAUGCUAGAAUGUGCAUCAUGAAGGGUAAUCAGAGAGUGGGAAUGGGAGCGUGGCACUCAGGCUCCAAGGUUAAACUUAUGCAUUGUGAAGCAAGUAACAACGGUGCUACGGGCUUGACUGCUAUCGAGGGUGGCAAGGUCACGGCAAUCGAAUCUCUCGUCAAAGGGAAUGUGAACGUUGGAGUAGUUGCCAAGGAUGUGGGCUCGAUGGUUUAUCUGAAACAGUGUACUUCACGGGACAACGGAAGGAUAGGUGUGGGGGCGCGCGGGCAAGGUGUCGUUGAAGCUCUUGAAUGUUCCAUGGUACUCAACAACCAAUCGGGUGUAGCAGCCAAGGACAGGGGCUCAAAGAUUACUUUGAUGAAGUGCGACUUGAGCGAGAAUGGACGAUAUGGACUGUCAGUGCGUGAAGGGGGAUGUGUUGAGGCAGUUGAAUGUGAAAUGCAGCGCAAUCAUCACAUGGGAGUGUGCGUGUGGCAUGCGGGAUCUUCCGUCUCUUUGUGGCGAUGCGAGGCCUCCAUGAACGGCACGCACUCGGUGGGUGCACGGGAUGGGAGCGUGGUCAAUGUUUUCAGCAAGAGCCAAGAUCCUGCACGGCUGUCUGCGGCUUCCGGCAGUGGUGCUACCCCGCCUAGCAUGGAUUCUCCGUCUUUCGAUCCGGUGAAAGAGAAAGAGGGAAGCUCGGAUCGACUGAUCGAUCUUUUGUAA